UAUUUAUCUUUGUCAUUGAAACUAACCUAUCGUUUUCGUAAUUUUUUAUUUAUAUAAUAACAAAUAAAUAAUAUUUCUGCGAAUAAUUUGUUGCGGACGUUUCAUUGAAUUACUCUGCUUGAAUAUAAUGUGUAAUAAAUGACUGUAUUGAGUGUUUAGUGUGAAAAUUAUAUACUUGAGAUAGUGAAUUGAUAACAUCCGCUCAUUGAAUUAGUGAAGAUGGAAAUGACCAGUGGCAACGCGAGGGAACAACUGAUGAACGAAAUCCUGAACAGAAAAUUAAAUAUCAACAAUGUUAAUAACAACAUCGGUGACAAAACUGCGAGUGUGCCGGCUGUCAACAACAUCCAUUAUGAGGAGGAAGGACCCGUCAGAGCCUAUGCGAAGGAUCCUGGGAUAAUAAACAUGCAGCUGAACGCGGUGAAGGAGGGGUCCCGGCGGCGCGCCGUGUCGCAGCCGGGGCCGGUCUCGGGCAGCCUGCUCACCGCCACCGCCGCCCGCGCCGCCCGGAAGCGCCCGCCCCGGAGCGUCAUGUAUGCUGAUGACACUCAGCUGCCGAGAUCGCCAGCGCUAAACAAUGGGGAGGUCAGCAACUCUCCCACUCCGCAACCUAUCACUCCUGCAGGUGACAGAGGCAGUCCAGUGCCAAACAACAGAAAUGGAGACACGAGAUCAUUGAGCAGCUACCGCCUCUACGCGCCUAACGACAUGAAGGGGCUGAGUCCCUCGCGCUCCUUCAACUACAUGGACGCGCAGUCCAUCAGGUCUGUGGAGACUCAGGCGCCCCCGCCAACCGGCAAAGAGGAAAACAAGAAACUCACUGUAGAAAAUGUCACGAUGUCUCUAAGUUGCAUUUAUGCGAUAUUCAUAGUCACAUUAGGAUUAAUUAUUAAUAUUUACGAUCCAUUUAUUGAUUUAAAUGUUGCUACGAUAUACAGUGUAUUGCUAGCAGCUAUGGGAGUUGUGUAUAUGUUAUAUUUAUUAUUCGAUAUUAGAAGAUUUAAAAAGAUCACAUCCAAAAACAUGAAAAUAAAAGAAGAACACGAUGCAUCCGUUGAAGAAAUAUUCAGGAAGUACGAAGAAGACAAUGGUAGUCUAGAUCAAAGCCCUCCGAUAAUUAACCCGCCGACGCUGCUACCGCUCACACACGACUAUUGUUUCGGCUCGGGCAGACAUUCUGGAAGCUUCUACCUGAAGGUUGGAGCUGCAGGUUUCGCUCUGGGUCAUCUGGUCCAUUCAGUCUUGCUUCUAGCUGUUCAAGUUUCUUAUUUUCUCGACGAAAAUAUUAAAAACGACGAAUGCGUGGAAUACAUCGUCAUUGCUGCUGACCUUUUGAGUCCUUUACACACUUUCUUCCAACUGUACUUUAUCUUUAAAUUCUCCAAUGUCAUCAUCCUAUGUGGUCAGGGAAUGGCCAGAUUUGGUUUCAUGCAUUUUAUAGGAUCCAGUCUUUCUUUUUGGGUAUCAGCCAUUGUGAGAGAAACAGUUCUGGCACUUUCUCUCUAUGCGCAAACUAAAAAGGAAUAUGAAACGGAUAACGAUACUAGUGUUGAAAUCUUCGACUUUCCUGGGAAGAUAAUUGAUCUCGACAAUCUUUAUAAUGAAGAGUGCACUGGAUCCAAAGCGGUGGCGUCCAUCUAUGAGAACUUCUCACCCUACCUCUACCCGUUCACUGUGGAGUUCAACAUCCUUAUUGUGGCUGUCUACUACAUCAUUUGGACGAAUAUUGGAUCUUGCGACUAUGAUGACGAAGAAGACGUGAAUAUAAGUUUGGGCGAUACAAAAUCGGUUUGCAAAAUUCCCACGGCUGCAGAGGAGAACGAUUUUUCUAGUAAUAUAGUGAUAUACGCGGACUGCCAUGCGUCCAACAGAGGGUUGUUUGUUGGUCUUAUCAUGAUGGUCCUCAUCAUCGGUAACCUCAUCCUUGGAUUCGUCUUCGGCAGCAUCGGAGAUGAAUUCCUGAAGUUGGGCAACACUCUGAAUGAACUCAUGAACCUGAUUCUCCACGUCUCCAUGCUACUGGCCGCCGUCAUCGCCUUCAACCAGACCAGGAAAAUGGACAUCAACGAGCAUCCCAUCUCUCUUCUCGACGAUGUGCUCCUCUUCGUCUGCCUCCCCGCUUUCUUCAUGGAAAUCGCCUUCUCACUCAUCGCCUCCAUAUCCUUGGAAAACAGCAUAAAAACUGUUAAUAUGUGUGUCAUGUUUCUCCAAGUCAUCAUCCAGACAUCUCUCAUCGUGGACGCCCUGCGCCGCUGCAGCAACACCAGGAAGCUGCGGCGCACGAAGCCGGGCCGAGAAGUCAUCAUGUUCCUCAUCAUUGCCAACGUGGGCAUGUGGAUCUUCUACACCUUCUCAUACAAGUCGCCAGACAGCCUCGACGUGAGGUACGCCUACUACGGCAAAGUGCUCUGGACCAUCCUCGGCCAUAUUUCCCUCCCUCUCAUCAUGUUCUUCAGGUUUCACUCCAGCGUCUGUUUUGCUGAUAUCUGGGAUUCCGCUUACAAACCUGGUGCUGAGCAUUAGCUUUAGUUGUUAAUUUAGUAAGUUUAUAGCUUUAAAUUGUAUUUUUAAGUAUAUUAAUUUGUAUAUAAGUUACUUAUUUAUAUAAUAAGAUGUAAAGAUUAAAUUUUGUACAGUUUAA